AUGAGUUGUUUUUCUUGCUUUGUUUCUCGUCGGAAUAAAGAUGUUAGUAGGGUUGAAGUUGAUAAUGGUUCUCGAUCUGCUACUACUACAGGGAAUGGUGGAACGAAUCAAUCAGAGGGGGAAUGGAAGAGAGAAUGUUCAGAGGGAAAGGGGAAGAGUGUGAUGAGUGGGAAAAGUAGAACUGCUGCGGCUAGUUUUGGUUUUCGGGAGCUUGCGACUGCGACAAGGGGUUUUAAUCAAUCCAAUAUGAUUGGGGAAGGUGGUUUUGGAAAAGUUUUCAAGGGCCGUCUUUCAACUGGCGAGCUUGUUGCUGUUAAACAACUAUGUCAUGAUGGGCGUCAAGGUUUUCAGGAGUUUGUGACUGAGGUUCUUAUGCUGAGUCUGCUGCAUCAUUCUAAUCUUGUUAAGUUGAUUGGUUAUUGCACUGAUGGAGAUCAAAGGCUUUUGGUUUAUGAAUACAUGCCUAAGGGAUCUCUUGAAGAUCAUCUUUUCGAUGUUCCCCAUGACAAAGAACCUCUAAGUUGGGGUUCUCGAAUGAAGAUUGCUGUUGGAGCAGCUCGGGGCCUUGAGUAUCUCCAUUGUAAAGCAGAUCCGCCUGUUAUCUAUCGAGAUUUGAAGUCUGCUAACAUCUUGUUAGACAAUGACUUCAGCCCAAAAUUGUCAGAUUUUGGACUUGCUAAACUGGGACCUGUUGGAGACAAUACUCAUGUUUCAACCAGAGUAAUGGGUACAUAUGGGUACUGUGCGCCGGAAUAUGCGAUGAGUGGCAAAUUAACUCUCAAAUCUGAUAUCUACAGCUUUGGUGUCGUUUUGUUGGAGUUGAUCACUGGACGCAGGGCAAUAGACUCUAAUAAAAAACCAGGAGAGCAAAACUUAGUUUCAUGGUCUCGCCCGUAUUUUAGUGACCGGAGAAAGUUUGUACAUAUGGCUGACCCUCUUCUGCAAGGACAAUUUCCCGUCCGGUGUUUGCAUCAAGCAAUUGCUAUAACUGCUAUGUGUCUCCAGGAGCAACCGAAAUUCCGUCCACUCAUUGGUGAUAUUGUUGUUGCGCUGGAAUACCUAGCUUCACAGAGUAUUGAAGCCCAUAGAUAUGGUGCGCGCAGCCCAUAG